CCGCCUGUCGCGACAGUCGGGGCCGAGGCCCAGGGGGAGGUGGCCUGUCGCGGGUCGCCCGGCUCCCGGAGGCGAGGGGGGCGCGGGCGGAUGGCGGAAGGCGCCCAGCCGCAGCAGCCGCCUCAGCUCGGGCCCGGCGCCGCUGCCCGGGGGAUGAAGCGGGAGUCGGAGCUGGAGCUGCCGGUGCCCGGAGGGGGAGGAGACGGAGCCGAGCCCGGCCUGAGCAAGCGGCCGCGCACCGAGGAGGCGGCGGCCGACGGCGGCGGCGGGAUGCAGAACGAGCCACUGACUCCAGGUUAUCAUGGAUUCCCAGCACGGGACAGCCAGGGUAACCAGGAGCCGACAACAACUCCUGACGCCAUGGUCCAGCCGUUUACGACCAUCCCGUUCCCGCCGCCUCCACAGAACGGAAUUCCCACAGAGUACGGAGUGCCGCACACUCAGGACUACGCCGGCCAGACCAGCGAGCACAACCUGACGCUGUACGGGAGCACGCAGGCCCACGGCGAGCAGAGCAGCAGCCCGCCCAGCACGCAGAACGGCUCCCUCACGCAGACAGAAGGGGGCGCACAGACAGAUGGCCCGCAGUCACAGACACAAAGUAGUGAGAACUCAGAGAGCAAAUCCACCCCGAAGCGGCUGCACGUCUCUAAUAUUCCCUUCCGCUUCCGGGACCCCGACCUCCGGCAGAUGUUUGGGCAGUUUGGCAAAAUCCUAGAUGUAGAAAUAAUCUUUAAUGAACGUGGCUCUAAGGGAUUCGGGUUCGUAACUUUCGAGAAUAGUGCUGAUGCAGACAGGGCCAGGGAGAAAUUGCACGGCACCGUGGUAGAGGGCCGUAAAAUCGAGGUGAAUAAUGCUACAGCGCGCGUAAUGACCAAUAAGAAGAUGGUCACACCAUAUGCAAAUGGUUGGAAAUUAAGCCCCGUAGUUGGAGCUGUAUAUGGCCCUGAGUUAUAUGCAGCAUCCAGCUUUCAAGCAGACGUGUCCUUAGGCAAUGACGCAGCAGUGCCCCUAUCAGGAAGAGGGGGUAUUAACACUUACAUUCCUUUAAUCAGUCUCCCUUUAGUUCCUGGCUUCCCUUACCCGACUGCAGCCACCACGGCGGCCGCGUUCAGAGGAGCCCAUCUGAGGGGCAGAGGGCGGACGGUAUAUGGGGCAGUCCGAGCGGUACCUCCAACAGCCAUUCCCGCCUAUCCAGGUGUGGUUUACCAGGACGGAUUUUACGGUGCUGACCUCUAUGGUGGAUACGCAGCCUACAGAUAUGCACAGCCCGCUACCGCGACCGCGGCCACAGCUGCCGCCGCCGCCGCUGCAGCUUAUAGCGACGGUUACGGCAGGGUGUACACAGCCGACCCCUACCAUGCCCUGGCCCCUGCCGCUAGCUAUGGAGUUGGCGCUGUGGCGAGUUUAUACCGAGGUGGCUACAGCCGAUUUGCCCCCUACUGAAGUGACGUGAGACCCCGCAAAUGGGACAGCCCCCCAGUUCAUGAGGCCUGGCUAUUGCAAUAUUUACUAGUAGAGGAACUCUAUAGCAAGAUGAAGAGGAAAAACAAACAAACAAACAAACAAAAAACACAAAAAAAGAGAGAAUACUUUUUUAUACCUCACUAUGUUCUUUGAAUAUGUAUUUUUCCUUUAAAUUUCUGCCUUUAAUUCUUUUGUUCCAAAGAUUGUGCAUUUUUUUCUUUUUUUUUUCUUUUUUUUUUUUUUUAACUGUGGUAAAAAAAAAAAAAAAAUAAUGCAUUUCCAUGUCUGUAUGUCCAUGCUAGCUCAUUCUGUCCAUCACGGAAGAGGCAGUUCAUGAGGAAGGAGAGACCUUAGGAGCUGAUGAAUGCAUGUGAUCAGAAAUCAGCAGACAGUUACCAAAGUGUAUCCGGUGCUGAGUGGCUCGGGGACAAGCAGAAGUGGAGAUCUUUCUGCGACAGGAUAUUCCUCUAGUCUCCUGAGUCCCUGGUCUUUGACAGGCACUUCUGGUCGGCUGUGGCCGGGCUCCACACGCUGAGAGAUGACAGGAGUUUGUGAUUGCAAAGUGGGAGGAUUACGAAGCCACUUUCCUCUCCUCUUCCCUCCUGUCUUCUCCAUCCUUUUUACAAUCAUCUUACCUGCACAGCCUGAGACAGUUGGCAUCGUUUUUGGAAGUAUGGUGUUAAUAUUUCCAAACAUGCUCUCAGACUGUGGAUAAUAAACACCUCGUUAGGACACCGAUCUCAGAAUGAACUCUGGAGCGUGAAAAAGAUCAUUGUUUUCUUUCUUGAGAUCCUAGCAUUCCUGCCGGGCCUCUUCUCCUUUCUCUGAACCACGGCUUAGCUCAUCUGUCCUUCUAUGAACUCCCUGCUCCCAUGUCCUCAAGAGUCCAAGCAUUUAGGACCCAGGGACAGGAGAAUAAAUAGCCAGUGACCAGAUUAAAGUACGGAGUAUCGGGAUGCAGUGAAGACAGGAAGGAGGAGAAAGGGGGUAUCGGCCACUGUCUGGCAGGGCUCUGAUGUUCCUGUUCUUUCUCUGACGUCAGGAGGGCAGGACAGGGUGUAAGUCCUACAAAAACCGUUAGCAAAAGAUCGAGCACCGAGUCCCGGGUCAGCUGUCCCUGGAAGUUUGCGGUGAUUGGGGCGCGCAAGGGAAGGCAGAGGCACUUUGUACCAGCUCCAAAGCCAUAGGAAUUUCCAGCUCCGGGAGCCUCUGUGAGCCACUUCUCUGUCCACAGGCUUGCGCUCUCGUGGCCCUUCUGCCCCCGGCUUCUCCUCAUCCUCCAAAGAUACCCAGCUGAGCACCCGCGUACUUGGCCUGUGCACCAACACUACCGGGCGUAACAUCCAGAGCCCCUGAGGUCCCCCCCCUCCCCAUGCUGGAAGGAGGGUCUGACACGGCAAGGACCUUAGGUGUUGCCAGAGUUGCGUGAUGGCCAUGGCGGCGCGUCACUGCUGUGGCUCAGCGGCUUCGAUUUGAUGCAUAAGCGAGGUGGGGGGGCGGGGUUUCUCUUCUAGCUCGUAAUGGUAAAGGCAAGGGUCCUGCAUCAUUUCCAGAAUGAAGGCACUCGGAAAUAGAAGAGCACGUUCUGUUUGGCUCCCUGGUCUGUUCACAUUGGUACUAGGGUGACCUCUCACCCAAGGGAUAGCUGCUAAAGGGAGAAAUUCAGAGACACGGAGCUUCAGCUUUGGGCUGGGUUUGUUUUCCGUUUGGUUUUUUUUGGUUUUGAUUUGUUUUGUUUUUUUUUUAACUCCUGCCUCCACACUUGUUCUUGGCUGAUAACUAUUCAUGUCCCUGAAUUAAAAUGACUGACACAUGGCAGCAUCAAGCAUCCUUUGUAAGCAGAGUGAUCUGUCCGGGAGGGACUGGCCUGUCGUGUAAAAAGCACAAAUCUUCUCCCCCCUUCAGAAGGCCCCCUCUCCUGGUGACCGGGGGACAGCCUGUCCCUGAAACGAGGGGAGACUUCGAGGAAGGUAGAGGCCUUGAUGCAAUCUUAACUGAUGCUGGAGAGGAAUGCAUGGGACAGAGGCCACCAGACUGCCCGGGCCGCUGGCCAUUUUUAAGGGAUCUCCACCCCAAGCCAAAGUUCGGUUUGUUACCCUUAUACAAUUUUUGUUGUGUGUAGAUAAAUAUUUUAGUUAGAAGAAGGGGAGUGGGGUGCGGGGCUGUCACAGUUCUAGAGAAUGGGGGCAGGGAGAAAUUUGUUUUUUCCUUUUCCUUUGGUUUUGAGGGAGAGCUUUUACUGACUAAAGACACGGAGAAAUUUCACGUCCCGUUGAAAUCAUAGGGGCCAUCGACGAAAAUGACAAACCACUGCUCAGUGGAGACAAGGCCACAUUUUAAACGGCUGUGACUGUCACAGAGGAGAAUGAGGGGACGAGCUUAGCCAUUUUCUCUUCUUGUGUCCGAGAAGGAGACGAGGAUGGUGGGAAGGGGAGAGAAGGCAGCUCCCACCGCCCUCUUCAAAGAGGCAGAAGCGCGAGCUUGGGGCACCCUUCGUACAUGUCAGUUCCGCCGGCCCUGGCCGGGGCCUCGGGGACGGGCCCUGCGCGCUCCGCUGCGUGUCCAGGGGGAGCCUAGCGCGCCUUCCCCCGGCUCCCUUUCCUAGGGAAGGCCAAGCAGACUUGUGCUUUCGCCAGAGGGGCCUUUGCCCCUCGGCGUCAGUGCGGAGACUCGGGGCGCCUAGCAGAGGUGGCGUCGCCUUCCCCAGCACCUCUUGAACUUUGAGACUCCGUACGGCCGGCCUCCUCGGAGGCAGGUUCCUCAGAGCACCCGGGCAUGUCUGUUCCUGCCUCUGGUCCCCACCGGACAGAGCGGGCGAGUCGGGAGAGAGUCUGGCGUGUUGGGGGUUCGUGGGAGAUGCCGCUUGAUAAUCCAGAAACCUCAGCAGUGCUGCACGCCAGCACAUGAGGGACCCGGGACCGCCACCGCGUCACCGUAGCUCCCGGCUUGGACUUCUGUGCCCAGUGUCUUAUUCCCAGAAAAGCUGGGCUCCUUGAAGGAGAUCCCCAGUGAGAACCUCUCUCUCAGGCUCCCUCUUUCAGCCCAGAGAGCUGCCCGUAGGUCUUUUCCGGAAUCCCUUGGGUUCCACGGUUCAGCCCCCUCGAACCCGGGUCAGCCGUUGCAACUCGUCGUUUUUAAGGCUCUCGGGUUUUACGAACUUGCCAUCGCCACCACCCUCCAACAGCCACAGGUGGGGCUGAGCCGGUGGUGUUCUUCCCUGAGAAAAAAGGGGGCUGGGGCUCCCGGCUUCGGGGGAGCUGGAGGACAGUACUCAGUAGAACCAGUGACCGCAGCUCUUCCUCAAAAGCAUAACUCCUAGGGGCUGCCCCGCUCUUACUUUCCUAGCGGACACGUGGGUGAGUCACCACCCGCGCCCCCGUCACCGGCCACUUAGCUUCCAGACGGGAGGGAGGUGUAGACCUGGGAUCGAAGCCACCCCGAGGACCCACAAGAAGGCCUUAAUCGCCCCCCUUUCCUGGGGCAGGAACACGAAUGCACAGCGGCCAGGACGGGGGAGGGGAGGCCGCCUGCGCCCUCCCCUCCCACCGAGUCCAGCCUCCUCUGCCGCUCGCAGCCUCCAGCCCAGUUAACAUUUGCAGAAUCGCAGACUUUCUCCCCCGCCCCCAGAUGAUAGGAAGAAAGGGACUUUGGGGGGAGGGGGAACGGGGAAGGGGUAGUGGUGUUUUGAAAAGCAUAAGUUACCUGUUUUCACUGUUAUAAGAUAGGAAAAAAAAUAGUGGGCAAGGUGAACAUCAGACAUAAACUCGUGUGUUUUUAUUUUGUCAUGCUCUUGAAAAUGUCUGACCAUUUGUAGUAAACACCAGUGACUCUUGAUUCUCUGUGGCAUAAAACACGAUCUUGUUUUCCUUUUUCUUUCUUUUUUUUCUUUCUUUCUUUUUUUUUUUUUUUUUUUUUUGGUAACGUUACUGUCCACAGACCUCUUCUUCCCUCCCUUUCCCUUUCCCCGUGUACUUCCUUCAUACUUGCUUUACUGAUCAACCAGGCAAUAGCCAUCCAAGAGCUAGAGCGUGAAGCAGGGCCCUCUCUCUCCGGGUCGGCUCUGGGUGUCCUAAGCCAGCACGUGCCCUCUGGUUUAGUGAGUGCAGUCGCGUCCCUGGCGCCUCUCUUGAAAAUUAGGCUCGCGAGCCAGACUCCAGCGAGGUCUCCAGUUCCUGAAUCAGGUGUACCAGGAAUGAGGAGCCCAGGGCGGAGGGGACUCCUCGGUACCGGGGUUGGCUGUAGCCGCCGACUCGUUCUCCACGUUACCGGAACUGUAGCCAGUUACAGUUUACUCAGGAAAACGGUAGAUCAAUUCAGCCAUGGUAGUGCUGCUUGGCAGGGAUUGGUAACCGAGGGAACUGCUCAUCAGCCAAAACGCAAACCUUGCCUUUAAGGAGACCGCCGGCGGGGGGAGGGGCUCUCCGUGUCCGGCUGGUCACACGCGCCGGUGUGGGGAAGGCUCGGUGACACCGGCAAGCAAAAAGGGAACAUCAAUUCUCCUUCCUCUCCCCACCCCCGGCCCCAGUUGCCCACACCAGAUUCCCAGGGGGUACAAUCGUUUUUGAAUUUUUUUUUUUUUUAAAUGACUUUUAGUUUUUCUGGGGACUGAUAAGUGCUUUAAGCAAUGUCUCUACCCCACUGAGACUCCCAGCUUAGCCAUUUUCUUAUAUUUUUCUGUUCACAGUAUUUGUGUGUGUGUGCGUGCGUGUGCGUGUGUGCGUGUGUGUGUGUGUGUGCUUGUUUCCGGCAGCUCGUUUUGGCUGUAUUAUAUAUCGAGUGAUGAAUUGAUCCUCUUUUUUCCCCCGAAGGGAUAUGAAUUGUUUUGUUUUGGGUUUUUUUUUUUCCUUGUGUUCUAAUUCUGCUUGUGAAUAGCUGGAGCCCACCUAGGGCUGACCCACGUAAGCUAGGGCUCAAGCGCUCAGAGAGCCAGCAUGGUCGACUCGCGUCCUUGACGGCGGACCGACCUGUGUCCCUGAGCCUUUCAGUCCAAAUCUUUGCAAGGCUGAAAACGCCACAGAACCUCUCCUCUCCUCCCCACCCCCCAUGGCAGGGACUGGACCACCCCAACACACACCAUGCAGCUUCUCCGGCCCCUCCCAUUGCCAUGGCUGAGCAGGUACCUUCGGGGCACGGGGGCAUCACAUGGGAUGCUUGUAUAACUGACCACCUCGCCUUCUCUCCCCACCCCCACCCCCAGAGUCACUUCCUAGGGCCCCCGAGCUGCUUGCCCCGGGUCCUGUUUCCCCGCAAACUCCAGAGAAGCACCCCAGGGCUUUGUGACAGUCUCUGACUCCCUCCCCUUCUCGUUAAGAAUCAUAUUGUAUAGUAGCUUUCAGACCAUACAGUAUUCAUUGGGUUACUCCUCUUAUUAUCAAGUAGCUGGAAUUGUGAAGGUCGGAGUAGUUAGAUCUUUAGCUUUUAUUCCUUAUUUUUUUGUAUUACUAUCCAUGUGUAUAAAUUAUUGAUCAUGUUGCUGGCUUUUAUAAACUCUAAGCAAAGGAGGAGCGCUGCCUCUGCCUUUGCAAAUGGUAAUGAAGCACUGUUUUUAAAUAAAAGAGAGAAACACCA